AUUUUGAACUUGUAGUUAAAUUGGUCAGUCUCUGGAGGGGUCUUGAGAUAAUUUGAUUAUCAUAUUCUCUCUUUGUCUUCCCAUCAUUCCUGUUAAAUUCCCUGAAUAAACUAGGGAAGUGAUGAUUAAAUUAUGUUUUGCAGGGUAUUUUGAGAAACCUUUCAAAAGCUCCAGGCAUGGAAAUUCAGGAUCCCUCUGCUAAGUCUACCAAUCAAAAUGACAGUGAAGCUAAUUACUCAGAUGCAGUAACAAUGACCACGGAUGUUGUAUCUUCUAAAGGAGAUAACCAUUCCCUCCCUGCUAAAGCUGAGUGAUGACCAACUAGCUGCCUCCCUAGUCCCUACAGUUGCUGCCACAUCAAUUUACCUCAAAGCAGAUGCUGGAAAACAACGGUAUAUAUGUGCCUUUGCAUUUGGCCAAUCGAAAUAGCAAAAUACUGCUAGUGUCUGUAAUUUACAUGGGACAGAAGACCAUCAUGGCUCUUUCGAAACUAUAUCCUCCCAUGUAGGAAAAAAGGAAGACAGAAUUUGCAGGAAGUAUAUGAAAUUAAGAAUGAGCAAUCUUCCUUCUACCUCUUUUCUUUUCUUUUUUUUUUUUUUUUUUUUGUGUAAUUUACAUGGGACAGAAGACCAUCAUGGCUCUUUCGAAACUAUAUCCUCCCAUGUAGGAAAAAAGGAAGACAGAAUUU